GGCCAUUCUGUCGCUGUUUUUAAAAUUCCCAGCAUCCGUUAGUCUGGGUCACGGACUGCUCUUCCGCCAUUUUCUGUAGCUUGUGUCGCAAGAGUGGUUGGCGGAGCCAUUGAAGCUAGCUGUUAGAUCUGCUAUUAAGGUCACAUUUGUAAACUCUCAACUUGUCAGUAUCGACGAAAAUAGCACAGUCUUUCUUUUUUUUUUGAAGACACUAAACUGCAUAGGAAGAUGUCCAACGAGCAGGCCGAAAAUACUGCCGAGAAAACAGGCCAGCAGCAGCAGCAGCAACAACAGCAACAGCAGCAGCAGCAGCCGCCGCCGCAGCAGCAGCUUCAGCAGCAAGGUGAAGUGAAUGGGAAAGCCAAGCAUGACUCCAAUUCAAGCAGGAAGGAGAGGCCCCAGAAGAGAGGUGGAGGUGGGCGCUACGAGCCCUAUGGAAAUGCGAACAAAAGAUACCGUGUUUUUGUCAGCAACAUCCCAUAUGAUGUGAAAUGGCAAGCCCUCAAAGACCUGAUGAAAGAAAAAGUGGGUGAGGUAACGUACGUGGAACACUUAAUGGACGCAGAAGGCAAAUCGAGGGGUUGUGCUGUUGUUGAGUUUAGGACUGAAGAGCUAAUGAAGAAAGCAGUGGAGAAGGUAAACAAGCACAACCUCAAUGGACGACCCCUAAAAGUGAAGGAGGACCCUGAUGGUGUGAUUGCUCAGAGGGAAAUCAAUAAGGCUCAAGGUGGAGGCCCUCCAGGAGGCCAUGGCGGAAUGGGGGGAAUGGGAGGGAUGGGUGGAAUGGAUCGCAUGAACAUGGAUCGAAUGGGCCCUGGACCAAAUGGCCCCAUGGUCAACAUUCCUCCCAGCCUGAUGAACAACCCCAACAUCCCCAACGAGAUCAUCCAUGGUCUCCAGGCUGGCAGGAUUGGCAGCACUGUCUUUGUGGCUAAUCUUGACUACAAAGUGGGCUGGAAGAAGCUGAAAGAGGUGUUUAACAUGGCGGGCAUGGUGGUGAGAGCUGAUAUUCUGGAGGACAAGGAUGGGAAAAGCAGAGGCAUGGGCACAGUAACGUUUGAUAUGCCCAUUGAAGCAGUCCAAGCUGUCUCUAUGUUCAAUGGGCAACUGUUGUUCAACAGGGUCAUGCACGUCAAACUGGAUGAGAAGUCCCUGCCCAAAGAUUUUGGACCACCUGACAGAGCUGCUGUUCUUCCUCGUGGUCUGAGUGGUGUUGGUUUGGGCCUGGGGCCUGGUGGCCAGCCCAUUGAUGCUACCCAACUCAACAGAGGAGGCAGUGGAGGAAUGGGCAACAUGGGCCCUGGAGGAAUGGAUGGAAUGGGCUUUGGCAACAUGGGAGGUCGUAUGGGAGGAGGAGGAGGAGGAGGAGGAGGAGGAAUGGACAACUUUGGAGGAAUGAACAACAUGGAUCGUUUUGGUUCUUCAGGGAUGGGCAGAAUGAACGGAAACUCCCUCGGUAUGGACCGCAUGAGCUCUGGAAUGGACCGGCUGGGAGCCAGCAUGGACCGCAUGACAGGGAUGGAUCGGAUGGGUAUGGACAGGAUGGACCGCGUGUCUGACCUGGACAGGCUUGGUUCUGGGUUUGACCGGAUGGGCUCAGGGAUGGACCGGCUGGGGCCCAGUAUGGACAGGCUAGGACCUGGCCUGGACCGUAUGAGCUCCAGCAUGGACCGCCUCGGCCCAGCUGGGUUUGAUCGCUUAGGCCCGUCUGGUUUGGAUCGCAUGGGUUCUGGCCUGGACUUUGGCUCCCCAAUGAAUAUGGAUCGCAUGGGCAACACUGGGAUUGACAGAAUGUCCAGCAGCUUUGACCGCAUGGGCUCCGCUGGAGGACUUGACCGCUUCCCCUCGGGUGGCCUCGACCGCAUGAGCUCUGGCAUGGACCGGAUGGGAUCUGGAGGUGUUGGUGGCCAGUUUGAUCGCUCUGCUGACCUUGAUCGAGGAUUUGGGGGAAAUUCCUUCGGAGGAGCUGGAACUGGAGGGCCUGGAACCGGGGGAGGAAAUGUCAGGAAGGGAUGCCAGAUCUUUGUCAGAAAUCUGCCAUUUGACUUCACCUGGAAAAUGCUGAAGGAUACCUUCAAUACAUGUGGCAUGGUCCAGUAUGCUGACAUUAAGAUGGAGAACGGCAAGUCCAAGGGCUGUGGUGUGGUCCGCUUUGACAACCCUGAAACUGCUGAGCGCGCCUGCCGGACAAUGAACGGCUACCGGCUGAAUGGAAGAGAGAUUGAUGUUAGGAUUGAUAGGAAUGCAUAAGUUAUUUGUGUUACAUCUGACAUUUAAUUUAGUCCCUGUCCUAAACCUCUAGAUCAUCUGAAUUGCUCUUCAAUUUAUUCAUAUAUAUAUAUACAUACACACACACACACACACACACGGUUUGUUAGAUAUUUGUAACAGUGCAAAUGUUAUUUUAGUUAGUAAUUUGUAACAGUGGAAGUGUUUUAGUUAAAUUUUACUUUUUUUGAGACCAAAUUUUAAACUUUUUUUUUUUU